UUGCGAAGCGCACUUGUUGAAGUAUAAAACCAGCAAAACAACAGUGGCAGAACACCGUUCUGAUUUUAAUGAAGCGUAUUUAAUACGAAACUAUGCUGUUCAUAUCCAUCCGCUAGUGUAGUGGUAUACGCGGUGAGUGUGUUAUUUCCUUUUUCCUCGGCUGCGAUAAGUGUUCGCACUUUGGCUCCUCCGGUGGUGUGCAGCCAGUGCAGCUGCGCAGGCGGCGAGAGCAACACUGAAUUUAUUCGCUCUUGGAAAUAGAAAAGACGUGUACAGGAUAUUACGAUGCCGAGAAUCAUGGGCAGUGAUUAUCGAAUGUGGACUCUAUAACGUGUGCUCCACGAGAAGGUGUCGAACGGAUUUCAGCACAGGGCACUUUGGAAAAUGGCAAGAGAACACUUGCUUGUGCGCGGCGUCGACUGCUUCCCGAGUUCACUCAAGGUACCGUUCAUGCAAGCUGUGCCCGACAACCUGCGAUGUAAACUCUGCCGGAAUGUUUCGACGCGCAUCGUGAUGGAUACCGAUGAUCACACUUACUGCCAAGAUUGCAUCAAUAUGGUGGACGAAGGUGGCACAUUUAGAUGCGUUGUCGACGAUGUAGUUGAACACAUUGCGACGUUGCGGACAUGCCCCGACGCGUGGAAGAAGAUACUUGGUCUCACAGUCAAAUGCCCCAAGAGUAAUUGUAUGUAUCAAGCUACACUCCAGGAUUUGCAGGUACAUUACCCCAACUGUAGAAGUGAGGGCGUACGGUGUCCUCUGUGCAACACAUGUGUUAGUGCAGAAGGUUUGGCUCUGCAUACAAAUCAGGAGUGCCCUCAACGUGAUCUCGAGUGUCCCUUCUGUCAGAAAGAGCAGAAGGCAUGCACGCUUGACGAACACAUGGAAGCCUGCGAUCAGAGGCCUGCGACAUGCGAACAUUGCCACACAGAUUUCGAGACAUUUUUAGAGGUCAGGGACUUCCAUUAUGCUGUAUGUCCAAGGAAGCCCAUAGGAUGUCCUUACACGAGAUUUGGAUGCAAGUUCGUGGGUAUCAGAGAAGAAGUCGAUGCCCACACUAGACAGGAUCAGCAUAUCAAGAUGGUCAUAGACAAUUUUGAGUGCCAACGACGCGAAUUAAGGGAAGUGAAGGAUAAAUUUGAGCAGCUACAGACACUGGUCAGGAACCUCGAAGAAAGUCGGAGCGAAGAUCUGCAACACCGGUUGAGCCUAGAAGACGAACUGAGAGCCGCCAAUAAUGAGAUCAAGGCGCUGAAGCAAACCGUCGACAGCUACUUCAAGAGAGGUGAGGACACUGAUGUCAAAGUGCAAGAGCUCUAUCAGCGGAUAGACAUCUUCGCGACGCCAAUGGGAGAACUGCUAAAAAACAUCGCAGCGCAGAACUUGUAGCAGUGCUGUCACAGUUCACCUCUUUCUUUUUCUCCCCCUUUCUUUUUUCCAUAGCGUUUGGUACACAUUUCGACUGUAAGCCUAUACUUCUGCUUCGUAUUUUUUCGUUUUGUUAUAGAAUUGCGCAAUAAAUUCCAUGGAAAACAUG